AAUUACAAAUCGCGUCAUACCUACCAUCCCAUCUUUUUUUGAAUUACUAAUUGCUAAUUGGCAGUUCCGCCACAUCCCGCGACAAAAGUUCAGAAUACCUACCUAACCUACCUAAGGUAAUUAAAUCAUCAACACUCCUUAUAUACACUAAACACAGAAGCGCACAAGCGCAAUGGCGUCGCAAAGUAUCUCAAUGCCUUCGGUCUCCAACUCGGAAAUCAAGCCUGUCGUGAGCCCCGGCUCCCAAGCGGUCGCAACGUCGAAGCCGAAACCAUGCUGUGUCUGUAAAGACGAGAAGUCGAAGCGCGACGAGUGUAUGCUGUUCUCAAAGGCAACCGAUCCCACCAGCGAUUGCAAGACAACUAUAGAUCAGUACCGGACAUGCAUGGCCGGCUUCGGGUUCCAAGUAUAGAGAUACGACGUGCCACAAGCGAAGGAGAUCACAAUCACUUUUAGGGAUUCUCUGUACAAUGGGAGAUCGAUUGGAUUACGGCGAGCCGGCGUUCCGGAUCGGAUAGACAUGAGGCGAUAUACCUCAAAAUGCAUUACGCAUUGACUGGCGUUCAACAGGAGUAAUAAAAGCAGAAUCCACUCUUCGGUGCAAUUGUUCGGUCUAUUUGAUAUUCGAGGUUAUGCGGGCCAUGUGGGUUCGACGGAUAUUUGUUGCUGUCAGGCUGAAUCCGUUGGAGCCCACAACCGAGAGAAUCGCGCCGCUUGAUAUAUGCAGCCGACGAAAAUAGACCUCGUUAGCAAACACAUGGGAAUAAGAGAGCGCAUGCCAGGCGGCCAAUCAGUCAUAGCACUUAGUUCAGCUCUCUCUUGCGUCAAUUAUCUCAAUAUCUGCUUUGAACCAAGUAUAACCUAGACCGAGAGGAGAAACUCUUUGAUAGGAAUAGUCGCCUCUGAUUCAUCUAUCCGGGUUUCCGGGUCAUUUGGUGAUCAGCUAAGUUAGUAGAGACCACACGGCAUCCCCGUUUAUGGCAAUCACAUAGCAAAUGAAGUAUAUCUAAUGGUUAGGACUCGAAUAGAAUUGCGGCGAUGGCUUACAGGCUUACAUGAUAGUACUACA